AUGAACGCCAAGGAUGCUGAUGUAACAACGACGAGUACUGGAAGAGAUGAUGAAAUUCUGGGAAUAUUUUUCGAUCAAUCGUUCGUUCCACAAGCCUUUGUUGAUAUACUACUGUCCAAUGCAGCAGAGCACGGAUUGAGCCAAGCACAAACGGUAUCCUCCUCUCUCCUCUCGCGACUUGAUUACUAUACCAAGAACCUAACUAGGGAAUUGGAGUCGACAGUACGAAAGUUGGAGAAUCUCUCCGGGGCUCUUCCGUCAGCAUGGGCAGCCAACGUCGAUGUCAAUAACGAAGAGUCAGGGCCACUCUCCAGGCCAAACUUUGGCAGACCUUCGAAAAUGGAAUACUAUUUGGACACAUUGACAAGCGCCGUCCGAACUAUUGAUAGUGACAUGACUAAAAUCGAUGGCCAACUGGAUGAGCUGAAUCACAAAUAUCUGGGCAGUGAAAAGACGGCUGAAAAGCUCAGAAAACUCGAACUAAUAAAAGGGAGGUUGCAAAAGGCAUCGCAAAACUUUAUAACGAUCAAGAGUAUCCUGGACAUAGCGGUAAUAUCUCAAGACAAGAAGAUGAGCGACUCUCAGCUGACCAUCAGCAUCUCGGACUUCAAAUCUUCGCUGAAAACUCUACAAGAUACUAUUAGUCAAUCAUUGAUGGAGUCUUCAAACAAAGAGAGUGCUUCGGAGAAAAAUCAGGAACUACUGGAUAAGAUUGACCUAUUUGUCGAUUUGAAGCCUCUGUUUAAAGAUCUCGAAAUGUUUAAUCCAGUUUUUACAGAGUUCACAGAAGCAAUCAAGGGUUCAGCCCGCGACUAUCUGAGUACAAAGGAUUUAGAGCGUGACUUUAUCAUAUGA